ACUAUCGAGGUCUGAUCACAUCGAAGAUCGAACUUUAAAUCUCUGAAAGAGCUAGGUUAUAAAAAGAAGAGCUAUAACGCCUUCGAUGUACUAUCCUACUAUAAUGGUAGAUGGUUUGAUGGUAUAAUUGUUUGCUUUUGGUGUAGCGAAGUGCAUCGGUCCUCAAAGCUCAAAGUAACACAAGAUUGACUGGAUAGUGUUGAUUUAAGCCUGUUUACUCUUAAGUCUGUAACCAAACACACUCAUUGUUUCUUCUCAGAUUUCGGCGUUUCUUGGUUAAUAGAAAUAUGUUAAUAUAAAGUAGAUUGUGAUUAUAACAUCAUUCUAUCGUUUUGCAAAUAAUGUUUUCUAAAUAGGUUUUCAAAUAAACCUGUUGUUUGGUAUUCUCUGUCCUUACUGUUCAAAAAUAUUACAAUAGCAGGUAGCCUACUGUGAAAAUGUCUUGCAACUAUGCCGACGGUCUAUCACCUUACGAAAAUAAAGGAAAGUUGGGAUUAGCUGAAAAAUUUGAUAGCAAGGAUGAAGUUGUUGAGAAAGUUAAAACACUCACUCAAUGGAUUCAAGGAGCUAAGCAUGUUGUUGUUCAUACUGGAGCUGGAAUAAGUACCACUGCUGGGAUUCCAGAUUUUAGAGGACCAAAUGGUGUUUGGACGUUGGAAGCAAAAGGAGAAAAGCCUGAUAUCAACAUUUCCUUCAAUGACGCCAUUCCCACCAAAACGCACAUGUCUCUGGUUAAACUACUUGCAGAAGGCAAGAUACAUUAUGUAGUGAGUCAGAAUAUCGAUGGGCUUCAUCUGCGCUCAGGGCUUCCGCGCUCAAGUUUGGCUGAACUCCAUGGAAACAUGUUUGUUGAACAAUGUGCAAAGUGCUCAAGGCAGUUUGUGAGAUGUUCGGCUACAUCAUCGGUAGGUCAGAAGUGUCUGCAGAAGCCAUGCCCCACUUCCAUGUUGAACAGCAGACCAUGUCGCGGCCGAAUGCAUGAUGUCAUACUCGACUGGGAGCAUGAUCUGCCCGAGAGGGAUCUCGGAAUGGCCGAUUUCCAUUCUUGUGUCGCUGAUUUGAGUAUCUGUCUUGGAACAACUCUACAGAUCAUUCCCAGUGGCAAUCUUCCCUUACAUACAAAAAAGUAUGGCCAAGGAGGGAAGCUAGUGAUAUGCAAUCUACAACCUACCAAGCAUGACAAGAAAGCAGACCUGCUGAUACAUGCUUACGUCGAUGAAAUCAUGUCAUUGCUGAUGGAGAAUCUUGGCCUGGCAAUUCCAGAGUAUACUCGUGACAAGGACCCCACUUAUCAUCGUGGCCUCCUCGAAUGGACCAUACCCAGCUUUGAAGUGCAGCGUAUGCGACGUAUGUAUGAAGUUACCUGCUGCAAAAUGAAGAGGACGAAGGUGAAAUCCGAUCUCGAAGACUACAAAAAUGUCAAAAAGGUAAAGUUCGAAAAAGUAACAAAUAUCAAGACUGAAAACAUCAAAGAAGAAAUCAAAGAAGAGAAGGUAUUAAGUAUCAAGGAAGAACCGGCAGAGACUAGUAGAGGGUGUGAAUCCCCAGAGAUAGAGCAAGGGACAUGUAUCGAUCGUAAUGUUCAAAAGGGAGAGAGUACAGGUGUUAACACCUCAGAUGUAUUGAACAAAACUACAAAAAAUGGGAGGGAAUGCAACAAAAGUCCUAGUGAUGAAAAUGAUGAUCUAUCUAUUAGUAAGAAUUAUGGAGAAAAAACUAAAAAUGAUUUUCCUGAAAAGGCGGACCAUGUUGAAGAAAGUGAUGUUGCUGAUGAUAAUGAUUCAAUUGAAUCACAAAAAUCAAACUGUAGUAAUGACAAUCCAAAGGAACUCAGUAGUAGUCUUAGGAAUUUGAAUAAGUCAAAUGUAUUAGCAACUUGAAAAGGUUACUACAUUUCAAGACUUUAUGUUCCAGCUUUGAAUAGUUAACUAUAAACUUCUCAAUGAUAGAGAGAUAAUAUCGUUUUAGCAUUCAACUUAGGUUGGUACAAAUAUGAAAUAAACUAUCAGUCUCUAUCACAAUGGUUGGAUUUCUAUAAAAUUUUUAGAUUAGGAACAAAGUAUACUGUAUUAUUUUUACUUGAUACUUGAUUAAUUUAUACUUACAUUAAUUUAUAAAAACAACUCUAAAAUAUUUAAUCAAAUUUUAUAUUGAUAUAUUUACAAAAUAAUGGCAGGAUCCCAACAAAAAAUACUCAUUUUUUAUAGCGUUUGAUUUCCAUUUUAUAUAUUUAUUCAUUUGUAACAAAACCAAGGAAGGCUACAGGCAUUACGCCCAAAACAAUCUUCACUAUUUAAAUAUUUUUUAUAUAUCACUUAAAAUAUCUCACUCAGAAUAGUCAAUUAGUAAAACAUCAUUAUAGUAAUAUGCUUGUGCUUUGGGGUCUGUUUCAUCUUUAAAGCCUCGUAAACAGAAAUGUUGUCCAGUACCACCAUAUUUCAUUAUUCAUUAUAUUAUUUUAGAUAUUGCACUGCCGUUAGAAGAAGUCUGUGAUUAUAUCACUGAAUUUGAUAAACACACUCCCAUUCAAUUGGGAGAUAAUUUUAUUGUUGUUAUAAAAUAUAGUCCAGGCGCAAAUGUCAUGAAAAAGGCACUCUGUGGACAUUUUGGGUAAGAGCCGUGGAAGAUGUCUCAAUUUCAUAUUCAAUAAUAAGAAUAUUCUACAAAUCAUCCUCUACAAUUUUAGUUCAGUAAAAUUUUCCUCUUAACGCAUAUUCUAUUA